CGUUUUCAUUUUUGGAUUUGCAUCCGGCUCAAGAGAACAAAGUAUGAGCAAGUUGGAUCGCGCCGUAUAUGACCGCUACAUGUCGUUGGACACUGGCUCGUCCGUCCAAGCCGAAUACAUUUGGAUCGGGGGUUCGGGGGAAGACCUCCGAUGUAAGACCCGCACCUUGGAGAAAUCCCCCGCGUCCGUGGCGGACUUGCCCGACUGGAACUUUGACGGUUCGUCCACGAACCAAGCCCCUGGCCAAGACUCGGAAGUCCUCUUGAAGCCCGCUGCCAUCUACAAGGAUCCUUUCCGCGGGGGCAAGCACAUUUUGGUCUUGUGCGACUGCUACAAGCCCGAUGGUACUCCCAUUCCCAGCAACACGCGCCACGAUGCCCUCCGCGUCAUGAACGCAUCUGCGUCCCAUGUCCCGUGGUUCGGCAUUGAACAAGAGUACACGUUGUUCGAAGCCGACAAGGUCACUCCCUACGGGUGGCCCAAGGCCGGGUACCCUGGUCCCCAAGGCCCGUACUAUUGCGGCGCGGGGGCGCACUCGGCAUUUGGUCGUUUGAUCGUCGACGCCCACUACCGUGCGUGCUUGUACGCUGGCAUCAAGAUCUCUGGUAUCAACGCCGAGGUCAUGCCUGGUCAAUGGGAAUACCAAGUCGGUCCUUGCGUCGGCAUCGCCUCGGGCGACCAAAUGUGGAUGUCGCGCUACAUUUUGCUCCGUGUCUGCGAAGACUUCGGCGUGAUUGUGUCGUUUGACCCCAAGCCUAUCCCGGGCGACUGGAACGGCGCCGGGUGCCACACCAACGUGAGCACCCAGGCCAUGCGCGAAGAAGGAGGCAUUGCUGCGAUCAUUGAGGCGCUGGAAAAGCUCAAGUUGAAGCACAAGGAACACAUCGCCGCGUACGGCACGGGUAACGAGCGCCGCUUGACCGGCCGCCACGAGACCGCCAGCAUUGACAAGUUCUCGUACGGCGUGGCCGACCGAGGUGCGUCCAUCCGCAUCCCCCGCACCACCGAAGCCGACGGCAAGGGCUACUUCGAAGACCGACGCCCGGCGUCCAACAUGGACCCGUACACGGUCACUUCGCGCAUCCUCAAGACGAUCAUCUUGAACGAAGCCUAAAUCGGCCGAGGUAGUUGUAGGAGGAGUAGGCCUCGACGACUGCCACUGUAUGUUUUCAAGCAACAAUCCUUUAUUUGCCA